UUUUGAUCAUAUUUAAUGUGUGUUAAUUGAGUUUAACUGAACGGUAAUUAGAGUGAGAAUUUUCAUUAUUUAAACCUGUUAUCAGAAAUCUAAAGAGACUGGUGCUGGAAAUAUAUGGGCAGGCCAGCAAUUGGUACAUUACAUUUUGUUCUUCACCGUCCGAUUUGUGGAGAAAAUUGAAGUUAGUACGUCUUUGCCACUCCUCGAAUCGAUCGCUAAACUCCAGAUUCAAGCAAACAAGGCAGUGCAAUUAUAAUAUUAAAAUUUAUUUUAUAAUUAGCGAAUAAUCUUUGCUUAAUGAAAUAAUAUUAAAGAGUUGUCAAGUAGCAUAAUUUCAGCUUAGCAAACUCUACGCUCUGCAAAUAUAUGUACUAGAAGAACAAGUGUGGUGUGGUCUAAAUGCGCUACACAUACACACACCCAUCCUGCUGCCUAUGACGGUCUAUCACAAUAGCUACUCAAUUAUCAUUACAGUUGCUAAUUACCAACAUUGAUCACUCUCCCAAUUCCUAACUCCAUAUCCCGACCUUAAGGGAGCCGACGACACACCCAUGGAGGAACUAUAACCACCACGCCCUCCAAAUAAAUCGCGAUCGUAAUCCGCACGUUUGUGAGGAUCGGAGAGUGUGGAAUAAGCUGUAUGAAUCUGGAUAAACUCAGUUGCUGAUUUAUUUCUUUGCGCGACAGCCACCACGUCGGGAUGACACGUCCUGGCCAGCCUCCUGUAGGCGUCCUUGAUUUCACGUCCGGUGGCCGUCGCUGGAAUGCCCAACAAGUCGUACAAAGAUGAUGAAAUGGUAGCCAUUGAUUUGAAGUCUGAACUAUGGUCGGUCGGUCUGUCUGUCUACUCUCUUGAGAGUGGAUGGAUGUGUUACUAUGUAUGAUUUGUACGUUUAUAGAGAGGGGAGCGGGAGUGUGGGGAAUGGUGAGGUACUGUAUGUAGGGUAGGGAACUGAUGUGGGUGUGGUUUGAGGAGUCAUUUGGCGUGUCUGUGUUUAUCCAAAUUGGGCGGAAAAGGUUAGAGUUGCUGACUCAGAAUAAUCUUACCUUGUGGAUAAGAUGAAAACCACAAGGUCCCAUUCCCAUAUCAGUGAAUCAAGAAGGGCAUUGGGUUGGGCAGGCUGCUCAUACUUAUCCAUCCAUACUCCUACUUCCUACUAUAAAAGUGGGCUUUCGUAAAGUUUAAACUAUCUUAGCCCAAUUAACUCUGGCCCAUUAUCUCUUCGAAUACGGUUACAGGCUUCUACUGCUCUCAACAUUAAACCCCAUCUCAGUUUAGUUGGUUCUACUUUGUACUGAAACCGCACCAGAACAAGAAUCGCGUUCCAGAAACCCAUAUCUAUAAACUCGUUUAGUUUUGAAACCGAGGCGGUUAGAGUUGUGGAGCGGCAGAUGGCGGGCAAGAGGAAGAGAAAGAACGGUGCUGAGCGGCGGGGAAUCCAUCCACGAAACAGAUACUCCGAUAAUCCGCCGGAUUUCGGGUUAUUGGCCUCUUUGUACCCGAGUUUUGAGCCCUAUGUCUUCUACUCACGUGACGGACGGCCCAAAAUUGAUUGGACGGAUUUUAAUGCUACCCGCGAGCUCACACGAGUCUUGCUACUCCACGAUCAUGGUCUCGAGUGGUGGAUUCCUGAUGGGCAACUCUGCCCUACAGUGCCCAACAGAUCAAAUUACAUCCAUUGGAUAGAAGAUCUUUUGGCUUCAGAUACCAUUCCAGCUAACAGAGCUGACGGUGAUGUCAAGAAAGGUUUUGAUAUUGGGACUGGCGCAAAUUGUAUUUAUCCCCUCCUUGGUGCGUCAAUUCUUGGUUGGCAGUUUGUUGGUUCAGAUAUCACGGAUGUAGCUAUAGAGUGGGCAAAUCGAAAUGUCGAGAGCAAUCCGCAUAUAUCUGGCUUGAUUGAAAUUAGAAGGGUUGGUGCUGGGGAUAAAAUGUGUCAUGUGGGAGAAUUGCAAAAUACUCUGAAAUUUAGUCGUGAAUGUAGCUCUGACUCUAGCAAUGCAAAGGACCAAAAUGAUGGCCGUUCAGCAUCAUCUGUAAUCGAGAGUCAUUCAGGCGCGUCCAAGAGUUAUAAUGGCCCGCCGGUACUUUUAGGUGUUGUCAAGGAUGGGGAGAAUUUUGACUUCUGUAUGUGCAACCCCCCAUUCUUUGAGACAAUGCAUGAAGCCGGUUUAAAUCCGAAGACUUCUUGUGGAGGGACUUCAGAGGAGAUGGUUUGUUCUGGUGGUGAACACGCCUUCAUCGCUCGCAUCAUUGAAGAUAGUGUCAAGCUAAAAGACACAUUUAGGUGGUACACUUCUAUGGUUGGAAGAAAACUGAAUCUGAAUAUUUUGGUAUCGGAACUGUGGAAAGUUGGAGCUACUGUAGUGAAGACCACAGAAUUUGUCCAGGGCAGGACAUCAAGAUGGGGCCUUGCCUGGUCCUUUUUACCUGCUUCGAGGAAGAUAAUACCUUCCCAUAAGAUUGAGGAGAAUAAUCUCUCUUUCAUGCUUGAGGGUCUUCAAUGUCAGCACAGUGCCUUCCAUGUGUUGCAGUCAGUGGAAUCUUACAUUCGAAAGAGUGGCGCAUCUUGUAAAUUAGAUGCUGUCACUUUCAAAGUUGAUAUCACUGCUUCAAAGGAUCAAAUUGAUGCAAUUCUAAAGACUGAGACAACAGAUAACAGGAGUGAGGCUGCUAGUUACCAUCCCGAAUUGAACAUAUCCAGUUCUUCAAAUGAUUUCCCAAUCCAACCAGAUGCCCUGCGCUUUCGCGUCUUGGUCUUCCAGCUAAAUCCAGGGACACUCUUGGUGAGAGGAACAUCACUCGAGCGAGAAAGCGGCACUGCAGGUUUAUUUUCGUUAAUUUUUCAGCAUCUUGAAGAAGUUCUCACCAACAAGUUCUGUAGGGGAAGGGUGUUGGCUAAUGCGCCCAGCUGUAAACUCGGAAGAUAAGAGUGCACAAUCUGUUGAAUGCUAGUUAUUUACGGAAAGCACCUUUGGAUGACAAUACUCUUUUGCAACUUCAGAAAGCCGCAUUAUCUAUUUCGGAAAUCAUCAGGCAUUUUAAAGCCUUUCAGUGGAAGAGAGGUGAAACUCUGGAUAUCACCAAUUGAAGUUAAGUGAUGUGAGAAAGCAUACUGAGCCGUGGAAGAGAACAUCCAACUGGAUAGCUAUUGGCGGAAACUUCCAAGCUGGGACCAAAGCCGUCUUUUAGCAAUACCUGGUUAAGAUAUUAGUAUGGACAAUUUAAUGGUCUUGGGCACAUGAAGUGUGGGAUCACAGUCAUAUACGAUUUCAUAGCUGCUGGACUAGAAUUUCCCCAAGAAGAUUGAAGAAUGAUGGUUGGGAUUCAUUCUUGGAUCAUGUAAAAAGAAUCCGUAAGGAGCAAGUGCAUUUAAACGGCGUUUCACAAUUUACAAGAAGAUUUUGUUCUUCCUCCUGUUUUAAACAGGCUGGUAGUUGGCUUGUUCGGUAACUUGUAAUAGACGUACUUGAGAAUUGAGGUUGUACUGAGUGUCAUUCUGUGUCUUUCUCGAUUGAAUGGCUUGUCGAAAA